AUGUUAGUGUUGUGUGAGUCCUGGGGCUUCAAAACUUGUUAUGGUCUGAGAGGGAAUGUCCGCGAGGAAAUGAACGAUAAACCAGCAAAGAAGAACUUCCCAAAGGGAAAGUAUGGUUUCACAAAGCCUGAGGAGGUACCCUCCACUGUGGCCGAAGCAGAGAAACAGAAACAAGUCGAUAGGCAAUUGAAUGUGAUCGUACAGUUCAAGAAUAAAGACAGUGAUAAUGAUAGCGAGACUACUGGUCCACCCAUAAACAUCUCACAGAAUGUUUCAACUGAACAACUCGAACUAUUAAUCAACAAUCUGUUGAAUAAUGAUGAACCAAUGCCAUACUCAUUCUUUGUUGGAGAUAAUGAGAUUGUGUCUAAUUUGAAGAAUCAUUUGGAGGGACAGUCGGAUGAGACGACCAUCAGUAUAUAUUAUCAGCCUCAGGCUGUGUUUAGGGUGACGCCAGUGACGCGUUGUAGCUCGUCGAUGGAGGGUCAUACAGAGGCUGUGUUAAACAGUGCAUUCAGUCCGGAUGGCACGGGUCUGGCGUCAGUCGGAGGCGAUACAACCCUUAGAAUAUGGGAUAUCAACACUCAGACGCCCAAGCUGACCUGCAAGGGUCACACCAACUGGGUGCUACAGGUGGCAUGGUCACCUGACAACAACAAGAUUGCGACCGCUGGUAUGGAGGGCGACAUCAGGAUAUGGAACCCAACGAAUGGCAAGCAGAUGGGAGCCGUGCUCAAAGGUCACACCAAGUUCAUCACAGGUCUCGCCUGGGAGCCCUUCCACAUCAACCCAAAAUGCACAAGACUGGCAAGCUCAUCAAAGGACUCAACUGUUAAGAUUUGGGAUACAGAGUCGAAUAAGUGUUUGAUGACGUUGUCUGGUCACACGAUGAGCGUCACAUGCAUCAAGUGGAGUGGUGAAGGACUGAUAUAUACAGGCUCACAGGACAGGACGAUCAGAGUGUACAACGCCAAUGAUGGAAAGCUGGUGCGUGUGCUCGAGGGCCAUGCACAUUGGGUGAACACGCUGGCGCUCAACACUGACUAUGUCCUGCGCACAGGACCAUUCGAUCACACGGGCGAGCACAAGGAGACCAUCGAGGCGGCACAACAGCGUGCCCUCGAGCGUUAUGAGGAGGCCAAGAAGUCGAGCGGCAAGCACGGCGGCGAUCUGAUGGUGAGUGGCAGCGACGACUUUACUGUCAUUCUGUGGGCACCCGCCUCGACCAAGACGGCGAUUGCGCGUCUCACUGGCCAUCAGCAGAUCAUCAACCUUGUAUCAUACUCGCCCAACGGCCGAUACUUUGCCAGUGCCUCGUUCGACAAGUCGAUCAAGCUGUGGGAUGGCCAGACCGGCAAGUUCCUGGGCAACUUCCGCGGCCACGUUGGCGCCGUCUACCAGGUAUGCUGGUCGGGUGACAGUCGCUUCCUGGUCAGUGGCAGCAAAGACAGCACACUCAAGAUCUGGGACAUCAGGACCAAGAAGAUGACCAUCGAAUUGCCAGGUCAUGCCGACGAAGUCUACACCGUCGAUUGGAGUCCAAAUGGUGAUAGUGUCGUCUCUGGAUCAAAGGAUCGUCUUUUGAAAAUGUAA